AUUGGUUGGGUGGGGGUGCAUAAGUGAGGUGAUGUGGAAACCACUCUCCUUAGAAGUGACUUCUUUUCAACUCCCGAGGCUCUGUCACUCUCCAAACAGAUCUCAUCUCUCACACUGCUUUCAUCUUUUGUUCACCAUUACUAUGCUAAUUAUAUAUGCAUUAUUUUUUCUGUAAUGGAUCCUCAUUCUACUAUAAUGAGUGCGUUUCAAACUGCGACUAAUUUGGCGGAGAUCUGGCCCUAUCACCAUCUUCUCGACCACACUACUAAUCACGCCGCCACAAAGCGACGCGACGAUGAUGAAUCUGCUAUUGCAGUUUCAACUAGUGGAAAUGCCUUGCAGACUGAAUCUGAUAGUAAGCGGCUGAAGGCCACAAGAUCAAACGAGAAUGGGGAAUAUUCAGGAGGGAAUUCAGGAAAAUCUUCAGACCAACCUGCAAAGCCACCAGCUGAACCACCUAAGGACUACAUCCAUGUGCGAGCGAGGAGAGGUCAAGCUACCGAUAGUCAUAGCCUAGCAGAAAGAGCCAGAAGAGAAAAGAUUAGUGACAGGAUGAAAAUCCUACAAGACUUGGUCCCUGGUUGUAACAAGGUUAUUGGAAAAGCUCUUGUCCUUGAUGAGAUAAUCAAUUAUGUCCAAUCAUUACAACGUCAGGUUGAGUUCCUAUCAAUGAAGCUUGAAGCAGUUAAUACAAGAGUAACCCCAACCAUCGAAGGAAUUCCUACUAAAGACUUUGGGCAGCAAACAUUCGAGACAAACGCUAUGGCAUUUGGUUCACAAGGUACAAGGGAAUAUGCUGGGGGGACAUCACCAGACUGGUUGCACAUGCAGAUAGGUGGUGGAUUUGAAAGAACGACAUAAAGUAAAUAAUUGGAGGCAUCAAAGGCUAAUAAAUUCUUAGGAGGCUAAUGCUUCCUCCAGGAACUGCCAAAAUAUAUAACAGUUCCUUGAUUUAUAGGUAGAUAACUGAUCAGGAACAGAUUUUUUGUAUCAUGUAUGUCUUUAGGACACCGCGAACCAAAUCAUCAUCUCCUUUCCUCCUUUAAUUUAACAGCACAUUUCUUUCAAA